AUGGCGAAUUACCUGCGGGCCUUGCGGAAAGACGUUUUGCGGCUGGAGAGCGCACGGAAGGCGAUGAGGGCGGCGCUGGGAGUGCAGCCGGCAGAAGUGCUGGCCCGCGCCGCACAGUCCGCCCCCACACUGCCUCAGUCCAGGGGGCUCAGCAGCAGCCACCAGUCCCCAGCCGGGUUAAGGAGUUCAAGCAGUGAAUCCGAAGGAGAACAAGGAACGGAUUCCAGAGUGUCACAGUGGCGUCAGAGACGGAAAGGGCGGAAUUCCUCUUCUGUCCUGGAAUUCCGCCGACAACGAUCUCCAGAUGAAGCCACAGAGGGUGGGAGCAAGAGGAAAGAGUCAUCAGAUAGCAGUGGUGCUGGUGACAUAGAGGAAACUGGUCAGUCAGGGUCCGGCGGAGAUAGUGAAAGAGAAGCGCAGGAGUCCAGCGGCAAUGGUGCUGGUGGCUUUGACGAUGGUGACGCUGGCGCAUUUGGCGGUAUUGGUGCUGGUGAUGGUCAGCCCUGUGGAUCUGGUGGUACUGGUGCUGGCGAUGUGGGUCGAACAUGCUCAUCUGGUGGUACUGGUGUUGAUAAAGAUGCCUACCCACCUAGUGGUAAUGACAAUAGUAAUGACGUCCACAUCGUGAUAAUAGCAAACCCAGCGGUGAACUGCCUGUCAGCAUAG